CCUCCUCACAGCAGCAGCGGGGGCGUCUCCAUUGCUGCUGCUGCUGCCGCCGCCACCAGUUCCCACCUGCCUCGCCCUUCGUCGGCGGGUGCGGCUGAGCUGAAGGUGCCCGGAGGCCGAGGCUUAAAGGAGACCACCGCCCGCGACCCGAGAAGAUAUUGUGAGAUGUUGAUAUGAGGAACUAAUCCUUUCAAGUUGAUAUGACGAACAACCUUUUCCAGCAUGAAUAAAGUAAAAAUGGCAUCAGAAAAAAGCUUCGUCAAAGACAUUUGUAAAUGAACAAAUGUGGACAUGAGGCGUAGUCAUCGAGUCCAUGUAGCAGUUAGGAUGUUUAGGCCACUUUCGAAGUGGGUGGCUCUUGAGAACUCCACUCACCAUUGGCAAGUAGGAAGCAUUCCCCGUGUAACUAACAAUUCUCGGAUUGUGAGCUUGUUGGCGCAGCUGGAGAAGAUCAAUGCAGAUUGUUUGGUAGAUGCAGAUAAUGCCAGAUAUGUUACAUCAAAGAUUCUACAUUUAGCUCAAAGUCAAGAAAAAAUCAAGAAAGAUAUGAUGGCCAAGGGUUCAACUGGAAUAGAAGUUAUCCUCUCAACAUUAGAGAAUACCAGAGAUCUUCAGACUACAAUAAAUAUCUUAAACAUCUUACUGGAAUUGGUGGCUGUAGGAGGUAACCGUAGAACAAGUGUUCUGGUUUCUAGAGGAGGGACGCAGAUUUUAUUGCAAUUGCUUGUGAAUGCCAGCAAAGAAUCCCCACCAAAUGAAGAAUUAAUGGUGCUACUUCAUUCUCUUCUUGCAAAAGUUGGUCCAAAGGAUAGAAAAUUUGGAGUAAAAGCCAGAAUUAAUGGUGCUUUGAAUAUAACUUUAAACAUUGUGAAACAGAACUUGCAAAAUCAAAAGCUAAUACUGCCUUGUCUCCAACUGGUACGUGUGUACUCAACUAAUUCUGUAAAUGCUGUGUCCUUGGGUAAGAAUGGAGUUGUAGAAUUGAUAUUUAAGAUAAUUGGUCCCUUUAGCAAGAAGAAUACUGGCCUUAUGAAGGUUGCUUUAGACACCCUUGCAGCACUGUUAAAAUCAAGAACAAACGCAAGGCGAGCUGUUGACAGGGGCUAUGUCCAAAUGCUUCUAACAAUUUAUGUAGAUUGGCACCGUCAUGAUAGCCGACACAGGCACAUGUUGAUCCGAAAGGGAAUCUUGCAGGCUAUUAAAAGUGUUACAAACAUCAAACUGGGAAGAAAAGCAUUCCUUGAUGUCAAUGGGAUGAAAAUUCUGUACAACACUUCACAAGAAUGCCUGGCAGUAAGAACUCUUGAUCCAUUAGUCAACACUUCCAGUCUCAUAAUGAGAAAGUGCUAUCCUAAAAAUCGUCUUCCACUACCAACAAUUAAAAGCGCUUUCCAUUUCCAACUGCCUAUCAUACCUGUUAAUGGUCCAGUGUAUCAACUGUACAGUUUGCCUCCUGAAGUGGAUGACGUAGUAGAUGAAAGUGAUGACAACGAUGACACCGAAACUGAAUCUGAGAUUGAAAACGAUAAUGAAGAAGACUUCGACCAAAAUUUUAAGAAUGAUGACAUAGAGACAGAUAUCAACAAAUUGAAACCAAAGCAUGAAUUGGAACGACCUUUUGAAGAUCUAAAGAUGUAUGAACAGUUUUUCCCAGAAUUUACAGAAGAAUUUCAGGAAUGUGACCUGGUUUCCAAAGAACCAAAGCCUCUUUCAACUAAUAUAACACAAGGAGGACCUAUUGUUGUUCCUACUGCUGGAGUAGAGCAGUCCCCAGUAAAUCAUGCAAUAGAAAUUCCUAUGAAGGAAACUCAUCAGACAGAGGACUGCAAUAAAAGACCAAUCUUUUUGGGUCUGGUAAAGAAUGAUAAUAGCACGGACAAUAUUCCGCAGCAACAAGGUGAUCAAAUGAAUUUACUUCCAUCAUGCCAGUGCCUAAACCAUGAAAUAAUUAAAGACUUCGACAAAAUUUCUUUGCAAAAUACUUCCAAAAAUGAACAGUCUUAUACUUCAAAGGUCACGACCAAAAAAGAAUGUAAAAGUAGCCAUAGUGAAAUUACCUGUAAUAAAUCUUUUCAGCAUGUUUCAUCUUGUGGAGGUGUUUUGUUUGAGGGAAGAUCUGUCCAGCUAGGAAAGCUAUGUUGUUCUGGACCUGAUCCGGAAGAGGAGGAUGUUUCCUGCUCAGUUUCUGUGGAAGAGCAAGUGAUGCCUGAGGUGCCUGAUGCAUUGCAACUUCAUGACCCUGAACUUUAUAUUGAGAUAGUGAAAAAUACAAAGUCUGUUCCUGAAUAUUCAGAAGUGGCCUACCCUGAUUAUUUUGGACACAUUCCACCUCCAUUUAAAGAACCUAUCCUUGAAAGACCUUAUGGAGUGCAGAGGAAGAAGAGAAUGGCUGGCAGUCACAUGCGAACUCUGAUGACUAAAAUUAACCAAGACAUUGAAAGGCUGAUCCACCCUAACGAUAUUAUAGACAGAGUGAUUUAUGAUCUUGAUAAUGUCAGUUAUCCAAUACCAGAUGAAGGAGAUGUCUUGAAGUUCAACUCCAAAUUUGAAUCAGGAAAUUUACGGAAAGUUAUUCAGAUCAGAAAAAAUGAAUAUGAUCUUAUUCUGAACUCUGAUAUAAACAGCAAUCAUUAUCAUCAGUGGUUUUAUUUUGAAGUCAGUGGAAUGCGGACAGGCAUUGCUUACCGAUUUAAUAUAAUCAACUGUGAAAAGACAAACAGUCAGUUUAAUUAUGGUAUGCAGCCCCUCAUGUACUCUGUUCAAGAGGCUCUAAGUGGACGACCUUGGUGGAUUCGUGUGGGAACAGACAUUUGUUACUACAAGAAUCACUUUUCAAGAAGUUCAAUUGCAGCAGGAGGCCAGAAAGGAAAAUCCUACUAUACAAUUACCUUCACAAUCAACUUUCAACAUAAGGAUGAUGUUUGUUACUUUGCAUAUCAUUAUCCAUAUACUUACUCUGCUUUAAUGAUGCAUCUCCAAAAAUUGGAAUCGACACACAAUCCUCAGCAGAUUUAUUUUCGACAAGACACCUUGUGUGAGACCCUCUCAGGAAACAGCUGUCCUAUAGUAACUAUAACCGCCAUGCCAGAAUCAAAUUACUAUGAACAUAUUUGUCAGUUCAGAAACCGCCCUUAUAUUUUCUUAUCUGCUCGUGUACAUCCUGGAGAGACUAAUUCAAGCUGGGUUAUGAAGGGAACAUUGGAAUAUCUCAUGAGUAAUACUCCUGCUGCCCAGAAUUUACGAGAAUCCUAUAUUUUUAAAAUUGUACCCAUGCUUAAUCCUGAUGGGGUCAUCAAUGGAAACCAUCGUUGUUCUUUAAGUGGGGAAGACUUGAAUAGGCAGUGGCAAAACCCAAACCUAGAUCUGCAUCCUACAAUUUAUCAUGCCAAAGGCCUGCUCCAGUAUUUGGCCGCUAUUAAACGUUUGCCACUGGUUUUUUGUGAUUAUCAUGGUCAUUCUCGUAAGAAAAAUGUAUUCAUGUAUGGCUGCAGCAUCAAGGAAACAAUGUGGCAUACUAGUGCUGCCUCUUGUGAACUGGUUGAAGACCUUGGCUAUCGGACUCUUCCUAAGAUUCUGAGUCAGACAGCCCCAGCAUUCUGCAUGAGCAGCUGCAGUUUUGUUGUGGAAAAGUCUAAGGAGUCCACAGCACGUGUAGUUGUUUGGAGAGAGAUAGGCGUUCAAAGGAGUUACACCAUGGAAAGUACAUUAUGUGGAUGUGAUCAGGGGAAGUACAAGGGGUUACAGAUUGGGACACACGAACUAGAAGAAAUGGGAGCUAAGUUCUGUUCUGGCUUAUUGCGUUUGAAAAGAUUAACAUCGCCACUGGAGUACAACCUGCCAUCUACUCUCUUUGACAUUGAAAAUGAACUGAUUGAAUCCAGUUGUAAAGUAACAAGCCCUACUACAUAUGUUUUGGACGAAGAUGAACCUCGCUUCCUUGAAGAAGUGGAUUAUAGUGCAGAGAGCAAUGAUGAACCAGAUGUUGAUUUGGCAAAUAACGCUGCUGAUUAUGAGCCCUCUCUUCAAGAAGAUGGACUUUCUGACUCUGAAAUUACAAGGACGCAUUUGCCUUGAAACAUCUUUGGAAUAUGAAGAAAUUCAGUACUGUGGCUUAUUUAAGAUGGACAUGGUGGGUUAUUUAAUUUUGGAGUUUUGCUCAAGCAAAUUAAUUACAGUCAGUCCAGUUCAAAAACAAUAAAUGUUUCUGGCCUUUAAAUAAAUUGGCACUUGUUUUAUUUAAAUAUUUUAGUUCUUCUCCUUAGUACUGAAUUGUUUUAUUGUAUCAUUUCCUGAAAAAUAGUUCUGCAUGGAUUUUUGUAUUCAUCCUUAUAAUCACAACAACAACAAGAAAGAAAUCGUUGGUGUAUCAGAGGCCAGAAUCUAAAUCUUAUUCCUUGUGACACUGGCUCCCAAGCCAAUCACUGACACUUAUGUAUAGGCAGAUUUAUUGAAAUGACUGUAUCUGUGUGCACUGACACUUCCCCACUUCAAAUUCUGAUGUUAGUGUUUUAUGUAAUGCAGGACUAGUUUAAUUUGCAUUGCAUCUGAACUACUUUAAUUUGUAUUUAGCCAAUUUAAAGGAAAAUGGAUAUACUGAUGCCAUAUAUUUUGAUACUUAGAUGAAACACACUUAGACCAUUUUGUUACAAUCUUAUUUUAAAAUAGGCAAUGACAUUUGAAUAUCCAGUUCAAAAUUUAUUUUAUUUUCCUAUCAGGUAAAGAUUUUGAUGUUCAUGCAAAUAAGUAAACUGGUGCCUAGACACUGCUUCUUAAUCCUACAGCUGGGAUUCACAUGUUGGACUGCGUCUCCUUAUUAACAUACCAUAUUUCAUCGCAUAAUAGUCACCUCCCCCCCACUCUUACAUGGUGAAAAAAGUGCAGGUGCACGAGCAAAAGAGGCUUUACUCACCUGCACCACUUGCAGCUAUGGGGGUUUCUUCAGCUCGUAGCUGAAGGAACCCCAUAGCUCCAAGGGGCAAGGUGUGACUAUUAUGCGAGUACCAAAAGUACCAAAUUGGUACCAAAAGUACCAAUUUUGCCACCCAAAAAAUGGGGGUGCACCUUCUAUGCAGUCACUACUAUUAUGUGAUAAAAUAUGUCAGUUACUACAUGCAGAAAAUGGGCAUGUCAGGAAAAGGACCAGUCAGGGAUUUUUUUUCCUUUCCAGGAUUUUGUUUGAAGGUAUAGAUCAUUCACAUGAUUGAAUACUCCUCCAUGCAAAAAAAGGUGAUAUCAUCCAGAUACAGGUUUACCAUCUCAUCUGUUUUUGAGAAGUAGACCUUAUGUGCCUAUAUCUAGCAUGAAUUAAACAUUUAUCCUCAUGUCUAACUUUCUUCUGAAGUUAGCAAUUAAUAUGAGACUUUGAGCAAGUAUGUUCUUUGUAAGCAUAAGCACUUAUUUGUAUAUAUAUGUAGUGAUUGAAUUGCUCAUUUCUUUAUUUAAUAUGCACAUAUUUGUUGUGCUUUGAAUACAGUGUUUGUAUUUUUCAGUUAAAAUAUAGUUUUCAGAGUUAUAAUAGUGUCUAAGUGGGUUUCUUUAUACAUAUCUCUAAAAUUUAUUUUCAGUGUGAAUUAGAAAAAAAUGAAUGCUUUACACAGUUUACUUGUUCAAAAGAUAAAGGCCCUGCACACAUAAAAUUUCAGUUGGUAUUUUGUGUAGCUAACUUUUAUCAUGAGUCUGUUACACCUCCCAUUGUUUUCCUGAGAUAUUAUGGGUCAAAAGCAGUACAAAAUUAGUACUAAUUGGUACAUGUGGUUUGGCUUUGUGGGAAAAGUUCCACUACCUUGUUUGGUGAUAGUAGGAAUUGGGUCAGCUUUGGUUAUAUAUUUUUUUGCAUUAAUAAAAAUAUUAUACUAUUUAACAUUAGGAGAGAUUAUUUGAUUUGAUGUUUUUUAUGUUUGUCCAUCCUCUCUGCCCUCCUCUUGCUAAAUCACCAGGCAUAUUAAUAAAUAUACAAAACAGAAAUAUGAGAAUGAUUAAUAAAUUAAUUUGAUUAUGACAAAUAUGUUAACAGCCAAUCCACAUGUACAUGUACAUGUUGUUGAUCUGCAUUUGUCCUCAGCACAAUCAGUGAUAAGUGAGCAACUACAACGACAUAGGGCAAGUUUGGACAUCAUAGGGCAUCAGAAUCUCAUGGGAAAGCUGGCUUAUCAAUUUUGAGUAGUGUGCCGGCUCCUAGUGCUACCUCUUCUAGUAACAGCAACUAAACUACUGACUUCUGGUUGAACAUGAUGCCUGAACCAAUAGGUGCCAGCAUUCUUAUUGGCUUUCUUCCAAUAAGUCAGAGGAAUAGCCUUUGGCAUUUUGAACAGUUAUUUACCUGGUUUGUUGGGGGAAGAACAAACCAAAUAAAUGGUUCCUGCCAAGUUCAAAUAUCAUGCUAAAAAAACCUCAUGGAUGUAAUGGCUGUACAAGUAGGAAUAUUCAGGCAGCAAGCAAGCUGGAUCAAGCAACGGAGGCCAGGAGACCUGCUCAUCCCCAAUAAACUUUAGUUAAUUGGAAUAAGCUUCUUGUGACUUGCAAGCCUCAACAUGUUUUCUUAAGUGAGGACAUAUAGAUGUUAUAGUUCUCAUCUUGACAAGAAGGGUUGAAGCAGUUCCUCCUGGCUGUAGUAUCUUACCCAAAACCAAUAUGGCCACAGAGUUAGCAUUUUCCCAGAUGUAAAGAGGUAUUUCAGUAGUGUAAAUGAAACACUGAGCAGUGUUAUGCAGUGCAGCACAAACUGUGGAUCACACCCCAAACAGAUUCUUUUUACUAAAUGUAAAUGGAGAAUACAGCAUUUUGCCACUAAUACAUAUGAGAAUUGACCCUAUGUCUGCCUGCAUUGUUUUAAAAAACUACUGUGGCUGAUGGAGAUUUAUACCAUGAAAUUGGCAUUAAAAGCUGACUUCUGUUUCCCAUGUUUUCAAUUUAAGAGAACUUGUCAGAGUUAAUAACUUGAUAAGUUAAUAACUUGAACUUUAUAUAAUGCUUUCCCAUUUUGAAAAGUCUUUGUCUAAACAUGACAUAUCCUGCAACAAUUUAGAUUGGGUGUUCUUUUUCCAUUUCUGACUACUUUCUUAGAGUGAUAAAAUGUCAUAUUUAAUAUAUUAUUUCUAUCCAGUGAUAUAUUGUAAUAAAUACUGGAGUCUUCCUGGAAAUCAGACAAAGAUUGCCAUUUGUGCCAAUUUUCAGAUGUUAGUUUAAUGUGGUAUAUUACACUUUUUGUAGCUGAAGAAAGACAGCAAAUACUCAGUUUAAAUAAAACAAAUGAAACAAAUACUGUGUACAAAGCCAGGAAACCUAGGUUUAAAAAUCAUUAUUCAUUAUACUGCUGUAACGAUAACUGUGACAUUAUUGUGCAUGAUCUCCAAAUAUCAACUUUAUCACACAAAUGUGUAAUAAAAGAAUGAUUACCA